AUGCAGAGCCGCACCUCUUCUCGCGUCGUGUACCAUGCAGUGGCGGCGGAAGAGGCGGAGGAGCAGCAGCCACCACCAUUGCCUGUGAUGUGCUACGUGAUUACUUUCCACUUUGUGUGCGCCGUGUUCACGCUGUGGGCAGUGGCGACGGAGCACUUAGAACUGCGGUAUGGCCUCUGCUGGGAAUUGUGGCUCGCUUGGGUCACGAUGAUGCUUGCAAGCUCUGUCUUGCAAGGUCUCUACUUUACUAUCUUCCUGCCUGGCGAUGCUGAAUCUCGGAUUCCAGAAUUCGGCUUGGCGAUUGUGACGCCCGUCGUGCCAGUCCUAGGCGAACCCCUGGACACCUUCAAGGAUUGGCUCUUUGUCGGCCUUGCUUUGUCGCAGAGGACGACUUGGCUUGCUGUCGCAGUGGCUCUGGUGGGCCUUGGCAUUCUGUGCCUCUCCGGCAUGUAUCUGUGGAGGCAUCACCCGGAAGAGUUGGCAGCCGGUCUGCUUCCCGUUCGUGCUGCAUGCUACCGGCGCCACGACCACACGUUGCUGGCAAAGCUGUCCUCGCCAGCGAAGUUGGCCGUGGCCAUCACGGAGGAUCUGCCACAGGCCGCCCUGCAGUCGCUCUUUGUGCUCAUCUACGGAGGUUCCGCUACGCAGUACUUUUUCAUCGUCAUCGCUUCCCUGAAGGCCUUGGUCUGCCUGCUGCUAAGAGCGACGAUCUUGGAGAACGAGGGCCGCUACAGCGACGCCAACGAGGCACGAAUCUUUUUGUACCGCGUGAUGUCGGCCAUGGGCAGUUCAUUGCUGGGCGAGCGCAGCGAAGUUGUUCUGCGGACUCGGCACAAUCUUGCGAGGUCCUUGAGCGACCUCGGUCGUCAUGCCGAAGCUUUGGACAUGUUACGAGAGGUGCUGGCUGAUCAACAGCAGGUGCUGGAAGCCACUCAUCCCGACACACUGCUUACCCAAAGCUAUCUUGCGCUUGUCCUUAGCCGCUUCGGCCGUCACUCUGAGGCCCUGGAUGUGCAGCGGGAGGUGUUGUCGGCUCGUCAAGAUGUGCUGGGGGAUGCUCACCCGGACACGCUGCUGACCCACAGUAUGCUGGCUACUUUCUUAAGCCGCCUCGGCCGCCAUGCCGAAGCCUUCGAGGCACAGAAGGAGGUGCUGUCGGCUCAGCAGGUGGUGAUGGGAGAUGAUCACCUCGAUACUCUACGGACGCAGAAGAACCUCGCCAGCUCGCUGUGCCGUCUCGGUCGCCAUGCAGAAGCUGUAGAUGUCUACCGGAAGGUGGUAGCUGCUUAUCAGCAGGUGCUGGGUGCUCGGGAGUCCAAGAACGUGACGCUGACGAUGCUCAGCUUCCUGUCGUGGGAUUUCGUGCGAAAGGACCGGUCGACGGAGGAUAUGACGAGGGAUGUUGUGAACUUUAAUUUGGUGUGGAGAGACGUCGCCGCUUCCUCGAUCAUUGACCCACGGCAAGUUCGCCCACCUCCUGCUGCACACCGGAACCUGCCGCCCGUGGAUUCUAUGAGCUCAAUGCUGGCGAUGAUGCGGCGAAGGUUGUGGCAGAGAGACGUCGCUGGCUUAGGCUCCGCGUUCGGCGCGCGACAGCGAGCACAUGAGCUCUACGUGACACAGUCGGUGGGUGAAGAUUUCAGGUUCUACAUGAGACGGCGGGAUGCUUCCCCUCCUGGUGCCAUGGGACAAAGACAUGGCACUGAGCAUCGAAGUGAUGGUGGGCCUGCUCUACACCGUCGUGCGGAAGCCCUGGCUGCUCCUCCUGGUCGUCAGAAAAGUGCCUGGUCACGAGUCGUGACAGCGCUCCCCACAGGCAUCACAGAGCUGGUUCAGCGCGUGAUGGAUCAGCAGAGGAUGAGGUAA